CUCGUCUUGUCCUCAGUGACAAUCCAACAACUGCAAUAGAAGAUGGCAGAAGUAGCUCCAGCUCCAGCUCCCGCUCCAGCCGCCGCUGCGCCGCCCAAAGCGGCCAAACCAGCCAAGAAGAGAUCCACCGCACCCAGGAAGAGCAGCCUCAGCGUCAGCGAGCUGAUCGUUAAAGCUGUGGCCGCAUCCAACGAGCGAGGCGGCGUGUCUACGGCCGCCCUGAAGAAGGCUCUGGCUGCCGGCGGCUACGAUGUGGACAAGAACAAGGCCCGCGUCAAGCUCGCCAUUAAGAAGCUGGUGGCGAAGGGGACCCUGGUUCAGGUCAAAGGGACCGGGGCCUCCGGCUCCUUCAAGAUGAGCAAGAAGGCAGACGCCUCCAAGGCCAAGAAGCCAGCGGCCAAGAAACCUGUUAAAGCCAAGAAGCCCGCAGCCGCCAAGAAGCCCGCAGCCAAGAAAGCUGCAGCGGCAGCCAAGAAGACUGCGCCAGCCAAGAAGGCAGCUUCCCCGAAGAAAGCCGUCAAGAAGUCCACCAAACCCGCAGCCGCCAAGAAAGCAGCCAAGAAAGCAGCCAAGAACGCCAAGAGCCCUGCAAAGCCCGCAAAGAAGCCUGCUAAGGCCCCCGCUAAACCCAAGGUGGCCAAGAAGCCAUCGAAGAAACCUGCCGCCAAGAAGCCUGCCAAGAAAGCAGCACCCAAGAAGAAGUGA